AUGAAUAAAGAUGAAGAGUUAUUCUGUCACUUGAAUUUCCUAAUGUGUGCUGUUCAUCUGUCGAGAAAGUACAAUCUAAAAUUCCAAAGCAGGUUGUAUCAAGACCUUUUAGACACUUAUUAUUAUAGAAAAAAUUUAAGGGUGAAAGAAUCUAUAUUUCCUAAUGAAACUUACUUGAACUACAAUGAUUUAAAUGGUUUAUAUAACUAUACUCGAAGAAAAUGCCAAGCAAUAAGGUGCGAGAAUAUAAUGAAAUAUGCAUACAUUUACUGUUGUUAUAAAUUGAAAAAAGAAAAGAGAAGAACUAUAGCUUUAAUGCUGUUAGAUGAAGAUUUUAUAAAAUACAAUUGUAAUAAUAAUAAAUAUGAAGAUUAUAAGAAAAAGAAUAUAAAAAUUUAUGAAAAUAAUUUUUAUAAUGUGAAAAGUCUACCAGGGUAUAGUGCUGCGUAUUACUUGAUGGGGAAAUUAUAUGAAAAGGAAGCUAAAAGAGAAUGGUUUAACGAAUUGAAAAAGAAUAAAUUAAUAAACAUAGCAUCUUACUGCUAUUAUUUGUGUUAUAAAUCAUGUCCAUUUUUCAUGUGCUCUUGUAAAAAGCUGCUGAAAUUGCAUGGAAAUUUUUAUUGUAAUAGUAUGUACACAGAAGAAGUAAAAAAGAUUUCAAAACUGUACAAUUUCGGAACAUACAUUUACCAAAAACAUAAAUUUGAAUCUUCUUGCAAAGAUGAUGAAGAAGACGAUGGAGAGAAUAAAGUGAUAGAAAAAAAGCGAAAUGCUGAUUUUGAUAAUAACAUUUUAGAAUUAAUAGAAUUUAAGGAAGAGAUAAUAAAUAAUAUAGAUAUAAAAAACACUGAGUUUAUAUUAUCAUUAAUAAAAGAAGACGAAAUAAAAAAUUUCUUUUUAAAAUGGAUGAACUGUUACAAAGAUGAUGUGCAAGUUUCGAUUCACGAAGAAAGUAAUAACUUCAUUUCGAAGGAAGGAAUACACAAUUUAUCAAUAAUAGGAAACUUUUAUUACUAUUUUUAUGUUAAUAAUUUUAAAACAUGUUUAUUAUUAAUAGAUAAGUGGGAAAACAAGCCAAUUUUUAGUAUAUUCCUUUUUUAUAUUAAGGGGUUAUGUUAUUUUUUCUUAAGGAAUUAUGAAAAGUGCGCAUUUUUUCUGGAAAAAAUUCAUAACAUUGACUGUUAUUACACAAAGCAUUUACCAUAUUUGUCAACAUGUUAUUGGUAUCAAAAGAAAGAAAAUAAAAUAGAAUAUAUUUUGACAACUUACCCAAAGAGAGAAAUAAACGAACACUUUUUAUGUCUUAUAGGAAAUUACUUCUCUUUAAAAAAUAACAAAAACUUAGCUGCUCAAUUUUUUAGAAGAGCAAUUCAGUUAAAUGCGUUUCAUGAAUAUGCUUAUAUUCUUUACUCUUGUGAAAUGAAAUACUUGGGGAAACGACGUAAAGCAGCUGUAGCAUUGUCAAAAUGCCUUCAAAUAAAUCCUUGUAAUUUUAAGGCACACUUAUUAUUGAGUGUUCUAUUAUUUCAAGAAAGAAAAUUUGAGUUAGCAAAUGUUCAUUUAAGUUUAUGUCUAAAAUUAAAUAAUACUGAUGCCAUUAUAAGCUUAUAUUGUGCUACUAUAUAUAAUCAUAAUGAAAAAUAUGAAACUGCCUUACUUUGUUUAGAACAUGCCCAAAAAAAUGAUUAUGAAGGUAUUUAUUUAUUUAUUAUGCAAGGCAUUAUAUUCUUAAAAAUAAGAAGAAAUGUAGAAGCUUUAAAAAGCUUCCUAAAAGCUCAAAAAAUAGAUCCAACUUGCAGUUUCAUUAACACACUUAUAGCUUUCACAUUACUUUUAGAAAAAAAAUUUGAUAAAUCCAAAAAAAUAAUUAAAGAACUAGUUCUUCAAAACUUAAGUAGUAUUAACAUAAAAUUGUUAAAAGAUAUCUAUAAAUGCUGCAAUUUUAAGAUACUCCCAAACAAAAGUAUGUUAAAUAAAAUAGAACUUUUUUUUAAGGAAGGUAGUUUUUUAAAAAACAUUAAUAUGUUCGACAAUAUCUGUUCGCAAUGA